CAUAAAAUUGCUUUCUUCUAAAAAGUGUGUUUUAUUUGCAUAAGGGUAAUUUAUAUACUUGUAUAGUGUUUAAUGACUACUGUAAGACAUUCGAAUUAGUUCAGCUUGUCUUAUUCUUGCACGUUUUAACUUUAAAUUUAUGUAAAAACAAUUCACUGUGUUAUAUUACGUGGUGAUUAGACGUAUGGAAGUACUGCAUUAAUUAUUUCACAUAUUAUGGAUGAUCCAAAUUUAAAUACUUCAGCAUCUUCUGCCGGAUUUUUACCAACCACUUCGCCAAAUUAUUUAGUUAUGCCGUUCACUCCUACUGUGCCUAGUGUCCCAAUGCCUCAAUCUAUGGUUUGGUCUCCAAUGCAACAAGCUCCAUUAGUUGUACCUGUAACACCUCAUGUGGUCUCUGCCCCUCCACGUUUCAAUCCACGCGCUACUCGUAAAAAUUUCCGUCAGCCAACGCCUUCAGAACCACCCAUUACUGUAUUUGUUGGAAACAUUUCUGAAAAAGCUCCUGACACUAUGAUUAGACACAUUUUAGCAACUUGUGGAAAUAUCGCUUCUUGGAAAAGAGUGCAAGGAUUUGGUUUUUGUGAAUAUUAUGGAGCUGAAGCUGCCCUGCGUGCCAUCAAAGUUUUACAUGAUAUGGAAGUAGGCGGUAAAAAACUUGUAGUGAAAGUAGAUGCUAAGGCGCAAGAAACAUUAGAUCAGUUUAAGGCAGAAAAAAAAGGUGCUGAUGAUUCUGAAGAAAAUCAACAAUUUGAAGUAUAUUGUAGACAAAGAAUUAAUAGUAUAAUUACAGAGCACAAUGAUGAAAUGACUAAAGAAGGUAAGCAAAAUGAAGAAGAAGACAAACCAAGCAUAGUUGAUGGUGUUGGAUUUGAUAUGGUACCAAAUGAAGAUGAAAAGAAAAAUUUAAUUUUUCGAGAAAUAGGCAAGUUUCGAGAAGUCAUGAAAAAACGAGAAGAAGAAAAGGAAGUUGAAAGAAAAAAGAAACAAGAAAAAGAAAAACUAAAUGGAAGACAUGCUACUCCAGAAAGUCCAGAUUCUGAAGAAAAUAGAAGGAUACGUCGCAGAGAAGAACGAGAUAAAAGAGAUAAAGAAAAAGAAGAAAGAGACAAAAGAGAAAGGGAAAGAGAUGAAAGAGAUAAACGUGACAGGGAAAAGAAAGAAAGAAGAGACAAAGAAAGGGAACGAGAAAAAAAAGAUAGAGAAAAAAGCAUUGACAAAGAAAAUCGUAAAGAAAAAGAACCAGAAAAAAGCAGAGGCCACUACGAUAAAAAUAGAUUACGAGAAAAAGAAAUGGAAGAAGAAGAGCUAGAGUUAAAAAAAGAAGAUGAUAGACGAAGAGAAAGAGAAAUAGCAUAUCAAGAGAAACGUAAACAAUGGGAAAUCAGAGAAAAUCAAAAAAAAAAGGAGCUAUCUAAAGAACGUGCUAAAAAACAAAUGAUAGAAGAAGAAAGAGAAAGAAAUGCCAAAAAACUAAAAGAGUUUUUAGAAGAUUAUGAUGAUGAAAAAGACGAUCAGAAGUAUUAUAAAGGCAGAGAUUUGCAAAAACGAAUUGAACUGCGUGAAAAAGAAAUAGAAGAAGAUGGAAGAGAUCGACAAAAAGAAAAAGAUGAACUGGAAGCCAUUCGGGAUAAGAUAUAUAACGGUGAUCAUAAAGAUCCAGAAUAUGAAUUUGCCAAGAUAUUAAAAGCCAGAGAGGAAAUGUAUAAGCCAAAAUUAUUAAUAGAUGUUGCAGAAAAACAAAAGGAUAAAUUAAAACGCUAUGAGAUGGAAAUUGAAAAAGAAAUUGAAAAUCAAAAAAACAUAGAAGUUGAACAAGAACGCCAGAGACAUAUCAUGGAUAAGGCACUAACACCCAGUCCGCAGCAACCAGCUACACCACCCAGUGUUGAGUCUCAAACACCUCCACCUGAAUUCGCACCUAUGACCCAACCUACCACUAUGAUGAUUAAGAAAAGAAUGGAUGUUAAAGAUGUAUUUAACAACGAUGAUGAAGAAUUGCCUAGGCCAAAAAAAAGAAAAUUGGUUCCUCUUGAUUAUACUGAUAAAAAAGAAGAAGAAAGUAAAGCUGUCGAAGAAAAGAAAAAAAGUAUUCGUCAGUUAAUUGAGCGCAUUCCCACUGAUAAGGAUGACUUGUUCUCGUUUCAUCUCGAUUGGACUGUAGUUGACAACCAACUGAUGGAAAAACGUAUUAGGCCGUGGAUAAAUAAAAAAAUUAUUGAAUAUAUUGGUGAGCCAGAGCCAACACUGGUAGAUUUUAUAUGUUCAAAAGUGUUAGCUGGUAGUAGUCCUCAAGCUAUACUCGAUGAUGUUCAGAUGGUACUUGACGAAGAGGCUGAAGUGUUUGUUGUAAAAAUGUGGAGACUUCUAGUAUACGAAGUUGAAGCUAAAAAAUUAGGAUUAGUUAAACUAGAAGAAAAUGGUCAUAAAGACCCGUAGUGUGUAUAAUAAGUUAUGUAUUAAUUUCUGUAAAUAUAAUAUAAUUCAUUAAUAUUGUGAAAAUUGAAAAUCUAUUUACAUUUUUUUCCAAUAUAUUACACA